CGUAAGGAGAAAAUAGGGCAGAGAGAGGAGAACGAUCCGAUGCUCUGUUCUGGUCUUCCAGCAAAAAAAAAAAGCAGUUUAUCACAAGGAGAUGCGAUGCCAUCUGAGAAGUUAAAAUCUCGCGAAGGUUUUAAGACGUCUUUUUGGACUCGACGGUUUUCUUGGUGAAACCUUUCAAUCCCGCUUUUUCCACUCCACAAACAGUCAGAACUCGCUGUUUGCAUUCAACAUUUAAUUCAUUUCGAUUUUGAAAGACUUAAAUUUAAUUGGUUCGCACACAUUUUGGAUUUUCAACUUGUAUUGAUUGCAUCCGCGUCGACUUUUUAAACGCCAAACUGCUCGCCUGCUGGAGCGGAUCGGACAGCGGCAGCCGGCUGCGGAGAGGAGCUGUCCGGUGCUGAAUCCUGCAGGAAACUGCGCUGGAAAUGUUUGCUGAGUAAGACGUCAGAACUCUACAACAUAAAGCAAACUAACAGGAGAAGAGGGACACUUUGAUGAAACAAAAAAUAACCCAGGACACGAUUUAUAUUUUUAUUUUAGAUCUAUUAGAGAUCCACAGGUCUUCCAGAGCCAAGUUUUGACUAAUAGACUGUCUUCAGAAGAAACACUUCGUUUGACCUUUAAAGACCAUGUCUCUACAUUUUAACUCGACGAUUUAGCAAACCAAACGAUUAAAUUGUUUGUGAAACAUCCGCUGAUUCCCAUCACUGGGUUCAGACUUGAGAGGAUUAGGAAAGGCGUGUGUUAAUCGUAUGAGCGCAGGAGCUGUGACUGUCCCACCAUGCCUCGAUCUUUCUUAGUGAAGAAAGUCAAACUGGAUGACUUCUCGGCUGCUGAACUGGAGAGCUCCUACAGUCACACCCGAAGAGAGGAGCUCAGUCUGCGAUUCCAUAAUCAUGACAAAGGUUACGUCAGGGAUUAUCUAAGUCCACAUUCCUACGAUGACGUUGUGGGAAGUGAUUCAUCAGUCAUCUCUAAAGUGCCCUCUCCGAGCGACUCAUCAAUCAUCUAUGGCCACAUUAACAACACCUAUUCAGGUAUCCAUGGGGACAUCCAUGGCGACUCAGACCAGCCGGACAGUCCGAGGUCUGAGGUCUCGUCCUCAGCAGGCGGGUACAUUAAUGGAGAUGCAGCCGUGAGCGAAGGAUACACAGUCGAUGCGUUUUUCAUCAUGGAUGGACGAUCGCGAAGAAAAGCCACGGCAAACCCGAGAGGGGCCACCCAGAGGCACACAUGCAGCGAAUGUGGCAAAACCUAUGCCACGUCCUCCAACCUGAGCCGGCACAAGCAAACUCACAGAAGCAUUGAUAGCAAGAUGGCCAAGAAGUGCCCCACGUGUGGGAAGGUGUACGUCUCCAUGCCUGCCAUGGCCAUGCACCUGCUCACCCACGACCUCAAGCACAAGUGCGACGUGUGCGGGAAAGCGUUCAGCCGGCCAUGGCUGCUGCAGGGUCACAUGCGCUCGCACACCGGAGAGAAGCCGUUCGGAUGCGCGCAUUGUGGGAAAGCCUUUGCAGACCGUUCAAACCUGCGAGCCCACAUGCAGACUCACUCAGCCUUCAAGCAUUACAAGUGCAAGCGGUGCAACAAGACCUUUGCACUCAAGAGUUACCUGAACAAGCACUAUGAGUCUGCGUGCUUUAAGGGGGCGUUUUCCCCACUGAGCUCACUGAGUGAAUAAGAAACUCAGAAAGCACAUCUAGGGUUUAUUUAUUUAUCUUACAUUCAAUUUUUUUAUGCUUUACCCCAAAAGAUAAACCAACCUGAGUGCAACAAAGGAGAAGUUUUUUUUCUCUCUUUUUACAAACCUCUCAGUUAUUCUUAUUUGAUGGUUUAUUGAAAAGUUUGAAAGAACUUGAUAUGAUUUAUUCUCCAAUGAGGUCCUGUGAAGUUAAAUAAAGCACAGCACAUCUACUGCAUCAUAUUUUGAAGAAACCGAGAUCUAUUUAUGUCCAUAUCAAUCCACGUCAAAUGUUUUUCUACCAAUGAAAAAAUGACACAAAAGCACAAUUGCCUCUCCAUGUCUCUGUCUUUCCUCAGAGUUUAUGUGAUCAAGCACAGAAUCUAAUCUCUUGCAGAGUUUCAUCAAAACAAAUUAUUUUAAGCUUGUUUAGACACAAAGAUUUAUAAUCUGAGGAUACUUCUUGUGUCGUGUUUUCAGUAAGGUUGACUCUGAGCUGAACUUAUAAAAAAUUACAAAGGAAUCAGUAAAAGAAUCAGCGUCCAGCUUUUUACAAUAAAAAAAAUUAUAAACCGGUACAUCUCAUUAAAUUAGAAGUGAAACUCAUAUAUUAUAAAUACAUUCAUGAAACAUAGAGGGACAUGUUUAUAGCAUUUAUUUUUGUUAAUUUAAAUGAUUAUAGCUUAAAGCUACUGAAAAACCAAAAUUCAGUUACUCAAAUAUUUUUAAUGCAGGCUUGUAGGUGAUGGCCUUUACAAUCGUGGGAAGGAUUGCUGACUUCAUAAUUGUCCAGCAGACAAUCACUGGCAUCCUCCACAUAGAGAAUAAGCCAGAAAAAGUCAUUGCAAAAGAAGCUGACUGUCCUCAGAAUGUUGUUGACAAGGUAUGGACUGCAGCUUGAGUCUGUACUUUAAGACCCAACCCUCACAGACGUAUCAAGGACAUGGGGUCAUCAAAAUAAACAGAAAUAAGCAUUUGAAAUUCACUAUAUUGCCAAAAAUAUUUGCUCAUCCAUCCAAAUCAUUGAGUUCAGGUGUUCCAAUCACUUCCAUGGCCAAUGGUGUAUGAAAUUAAGCACCUAGUCAUGCAGACUGCUUCUACAAACAUCUGAGAAUGCACAGGAACAUCUAGUGUGUUACCCUGAUAGGAUGCCAUGAAAUUUCCUCAGUACAAAAUAUUCCACUGUCAACGGUUAGUGAAAGCAAUUGGGAAAAAUAGAAACUCAGCCACAAUAGGUAGGUUACAUAAAAGUGGAUGCUGAGAAGCUUUCUGUGUAGAGGUAGAAAACUUUCUGCAGAGUCAAUAGCUAUAGACCUCCAAACUCCAUGUGGCCUUCAGUUUAGCUAAAGAACAGUGCAUAGAGAGCUUCAUAGGAUGGGUUUGCAUAGCUGAGCAGCUUCACCCAAGCCUUGAUGUAAAGCAUGCCACUACUGGACUAUAGAACAGUGGAGACAUGUUCUCUGGAGUGAUAAAUCAUGUUUCUCUGUGUGUCAAUCCAAAGAACCAGUCUGGGUUUGGCAGCCUGCCUGCAUCGUAUUAAGUGUAAAGUUUGACACAGAAGGGAUGAAUAGGCUCAGCCCCUCAGUUCCAGGGAAAGGAAUUCUUAAUGCUUUAGCAUUCCAAGAUAUUUCAGACAAUUUCAUGUCCCCAUCUUUGUGGGGAAAGUUUGUGGAUGAACUCCUACCUGUUCCAACAUGACUGCACACCAGUGCACAAAACAAGGUCCAUAAAAGCAUGGAUGUUUAAGGUUUGAUGUGGAGGAACUUGACUGGUCUGACUUUAACACCUUUGAGAUGGAUUAGAAUAGAGACUGCAAACUAGGCCUUCUUCUCCAUCAUCAGUGUCUGAGCCCACAAAUGCAGUUCUGAAAGAAUGUCCCAGAAUUCCCAUAAACACACUGUGAAACCUUGUCAAAACCCUACUAAGAAGAAUUGAAGCUGUUAUAGCUGCAAAGAGUUGGCUGACAUCAAUUUGAACUUUCUGGAUUUAGAACAAGAAGUCACUCUAGGUAAUAUGUGUGAAGACAGAUGAGCAAACCUUAUGACAAAACAGUGUCCAUUGCUCUGUGUGUAAUGAAUCUAAAUAAUAUAUGAGUUUCACUUUUCAAAUUGAAUUGCUAGAAACAAAUAUUUAUUCCAUUAAUGAAAUUAGAAUAUCAAUAAUAUUCCAAUGUUUUGAGAUGCACCUGUAUUCAACACUAAUCUACACUUACAUUCUACCAUGCCUGUAUCCGUGGUGAAUUGUUAAACCCCAAUGAACUGUGAAAAACAAGUUAGAGUGACUUUCCCUUAAAAUGAAUUGAAAAUACAGAAAUUAGAGGAAAAUGAUGGUUGUUUUUUUCUUUCAAUCACAUUUGGCUUACCCUUGAUAGUAAAUUGACCUUCCAGUUAAAUAUUAAUCACACGAGAACACCUACUAAACCAUCAAGUCACUCCAAACAGUGUUUUCAUACUGCCUGAAUCUAAUAUUUGUUUCCAUUUAAUUAUUUAUUUUUCAUUAUUCAAAAGAAAUAUAGACAUUAAAAAUGUCUGUCGUUCCCUUAAUAAGGUUAAACCUUUUUCAGUGUUAUAAAAUAGUCAAGUUGGAGCAACCCAGUUUAAGCCUUGUUUUGUUGGGUCUAUGUUUAUUGCAUUAUUUAUUUAUUUUGUAUUAUUUUGCACUUUAUUGCAGUAUUUUUGCCUUUGUUACAAAUAUGCCAAAGCAUUUGACACUUUCCAAACUCUGAGUACCUUUUUUAUGUUUGCCACUUUAAGUAUCCAAAACCUUUGCAUGCAAAAAAAUGUCUGAAUAACAGAAACUAUGCCAAUUUUAUGAAGCUUUUUUUUAAAUAUUUUGACAGACUUCUUAGAUAAUGGGCAAAUUAAUCAAAUUAUCUGUCAUGGGCAAUAUUCCUUUCACAUCCGACAGAGCAAUAAUGCAUGAUAAGUUCAGAGAAGCGUGAGUCAUAACUGCUUGUAAUUUGUUUUAAAGGUUCAACUACUUGUAUUCUACAUAGUUGCAAGAAAUGAAAUUUCAGGGAGUUAGUAAACACAGUGUUGAAUAAUGGAUGGGUUGGGAUGAGAGCUCUAAAUUUACAGGAACUGUGUUUCUGUCGUGACUCCUUGGAGCUUUUUUUAAAAACUUUUUUCUGAUUGGGAACUGUUUGAAUAUUUACAGUGAGACCUAAGCAGAGAGCCCUUUUGUAAUAUUUAAUUUCUGUUACAAAGUCUGCUUUCAAAAUGAUAUCAUAGCAUUACUAGCUUAUUGAUGACAUUUAUGUUAUUUCAAGUUAUUAGGUGCUGCUAGGGUUUCUAGGAUUCACACAAAUGAACUAGCUCCUUUAUUUAGAGAGCUCUGGGUUGGGUUGGGCCGGGUGUUUUUGUACAUGGUUUAUGCACUGCCUGCCUUGUAUUAUUAUUCUAAAAUAUUGUAGAAAGUAGAGGGUAGUUCUCUGGUGCUGAAACAUGAAUGAACUUGAACUUUCCCACAUUGUAUCAGGUUACAACCACUAUUUCAAUGAAUGUUUGAGGGAUUUUAUGUGAUAGACCAACAAAAAGUACUGCAUUGUUGUGAAGUGGAAGGAACUCAAUACAUAUGCAUUUGUAAUUAAACUUCCAGGGGUCAGUGCUUUGUAGAAUCACCUUUUGCCUAAACAAAGCUGCCUUUUGGGGCAUGUCUAUACCACCUUUGGACAUCUAGAGGCUGAAAUUUCUGAACCCUUUUUUUUGCAAAAAUAGCUGAAGCUAAGUCAUACUGGACAAAGAGCAUAUACAAACAGCAAUUUUCAAGGAUUACCAAUUUUCAAGGAUUACCACAGGUUCAUAUUUUGUUUUGGUUGGACUUUGAUUUCACCAUUCUAAUAUGGGUAUGUGAAUUAAUCUAAACUAUUUUAUUGCUGUAUGUUUAGGGUUGUUUUUCUGCUGGAAGUAGAACUUCAGCCCAGUCUUAAGUCUUUUGCCGCCACUAAUGAAGUUACUUAUAGGAUUGCCCUGUUUUAAGCUCCACCCAUCUUCCCACUUGAACCAUAUUCCUUUCUCUGCUGAAGAAAAUCAUCCCCAUAGUAUGUUGCAACCACUAUGUUUAACAGUGGCUAAUAUUUUUGUUGGAAUGAUAUGCAGUCUUUGUCUUAUGCUGCACAUAUUAAUUAGCAUGUAGGCUCAAAAAGUGCAAUUUAGUCUCAUUUGAGCAGAUUACUUUCUUUUAUAUGUUUGCUGUGUCCCCUACGUGGCUUGCAGAAAACUGCAAUCAGGAGUUCUUGAGGUAUUCUUUGAACUUUCUUACAUAAAGGAAAGAGUUGUGGAGUACGAGACUAAUAAUAAUUCUGUCCACAGAUUCUCUCACCAGAGCUGUGGAUCUCUGCAGCUCUUCCAGAGUUACCAUGGGCCUCUUGGCUGCUUCUCUGAUUAAAAGUCUCCAUAGGUCAGUCAGUUUAGGUGGCUGACCAUAUAUUGGUAGGUUUGGGGAUGUACCAACCUAUUUCUAUGUUUGCAUGAUAGAUUGAAUGAACUGUGAGAUAUUAAUUUAUAACCUAACCCUGCCUUAAAUGUCUCCACAACCUUCUCCCUGACCUGUGUGCUGUGUCCCUUGGUCUUCAUGAUGCUGUUUGUUCUCUAAUAUUCUCUGACAAACCUCAGAAGCCUUCACAGAACAGUUGCAUUUAUAUUGAUAUUAAAUUACAAACAGGUUUAUUCAGUUUACUACUCAGGCACCAUAAGACUAUUGGUUGUACUGGAUUUUAUUUAAGGGUAUCAGAAUUAAGAAGGUGAUGGACUGGCGACCUGUCCAGGGUGUACCCCGCCUCUCACCCAUAGACUGCUGGAGAUAGGCACCAGCUUCCCUGCGACCCACUAUGGAAGAAGUGGUAGAAAAUGACUGACUGACUGAUUGAGAAUUUGGAAGGGUGAAUACAAAUGCAUACCAUGUGUAUCAAAUUAGUAAAACUAUUUCAAACCAUAAAUAACUUUCCUUCCACUUCAAUUAUCUUCCAAUUAUCGACCACUUAAUGUUUUUCUAUUACAUAAAAUCCCAAUAAAAUACAUUAAAGUUUGAUGCUGUAAUGUGACAAAAUGUAGAAAGGUUCAAGGGGUUUGAACACUUUUGCAAGGCACUGUAUUAACAAAGAACAGCUUUGCAAUAGUUUUGGUGCUGAAUGGGGGUUCCUGACACUUUGAACAGAUUUAAGAUUGGACUUUUUUUCAAAUAUAAAAGUUAAAGGGUGUGACUCUGUAGACGGCAAUAUGGUGUUGUCAGUUUGCUAAUGUGACUCUGUUUAAAUAUAACAACAGAGAGUGUACACAUGAUCAAUAUUUCAGCACCAGAGAGAAUCUCUGAACACUUAGAUUCUACUAUGAAUUACUGUAGCCUACUAUAGCCGCAAGGUAGUUAAACUAUUCUUAUAUAAAAGCACUUCCUCUUACAAAUUAUAUCUCACAACUCUUUUUCAGUCAGAGAUAGUAGCACAUGGAAAGAGUUUAGAUUCAGGUAGAAAAAGCCUUGUAUGUAGAAAUAAGAACCUUCUUCUCCUUUUUCUAUUGUGAUGAAGAAAAUGUAAAGACAACAAAAAUGCUGACAACACACAGGCUGUACUGUCCUUCAGUAACACAAGUAAAUAUUCAACAAAAAAGUGACACUUCCAGUAUGCAGAAUGCUGUGCCAUUUUUGAAAAUAUUUCUGAAACCAUCUACUCAACACCUUUUUUUAAGAGCAAAAAAGAAUGCAUCUAUUUUGCAGCUAAAGGCCUUGUACAAAUGAACUAAAGUGAUUUUGGAGUUGGACUAUUUCUACAGUUAGGAUGAUAAUGAAGAUGAUGAUGACUAUUUUUACUGAAGCUUCCUGUUAUGAGUUCUUCCUCCGAGGUUUGUUUGGACCUCCAGUCGAGUUGGUGACGAUGUAAAGCACAAUGAAAACACUCACAAUUGGUUUCACUUCCUAAAUAAAGGCUACUUUAAAGAA